UGGAUCAAUGUCAGUAGUAUUCUGCUGAGUGGUUGCCUGACUCCCUCAAAGCGCUGCUAAUGUCAAACGAACACACUUUAAGAAGGUUGCAGUUCGAUUUCUAAUACAAAACCAUGAAGCAUGUUGUAGAAACAGAAACGAAUUGAAAGGGCAACGGGGAAACCAUGGCUGUGAGGUACGAUCACAGUUACCAGCCUCUCCGCGGAGAUGUGACCGAAUAGCAGAAAUGAGUUUUGAUAAUCUAAACUCUGUCUCUCCCCUGCAGCAACUAUAUUUGGAGGUCAGACUCCUGCUUCAUUGGAUUCACAGGAGCUGAAACUGCCUCUGCCACUGACCAAUCAUCUUUACUAGGAGGAGGUUGCAAUCGGCUCCCAGUUUGGGCAGGGACAGAGAGUGAGAGGGCGGUUUAAUUUAAAGAAUCAAUGGCUAAUAACUCAGAUCCAGGUCGCGUGACGAUACACAAACACUUGGCAGAUUCUGCUCAUUAAAGCUGAUGAUUCUGUCCUCUCUCACUGACGCCAAGUGCAUUUGGAACCUAGGAGAGAAGGGAGAGGUGGAAUUCCUUUAAGUAUUCCCAUUUUCCCCAAUCUUGUCAACACAACUGCAACGUGUGAAGAAAUCCUGUUAUGAACUAAUACUGCAUUCCUUGGCCAGAUUGUCAAUUUUCUGAAUGAACAAGCGAGGAAAUAUUUAAAUAUCAGAAGGCCAACUCAGUGAGGGGGGGAUGAGGCUUUGAUAUUUUGCGUUAGUACCGAUGCACACUGUCACUACAUGCGAUAACAUGCAUGUUUCGGCACAGGGCUGCACAUAUUUCCAUGUAACUCGAAGUGAACUGCAGGAUUAAAAAAAAGUUGGAAACCGCCAAAGGCAGUUAUCGAACCCUCCCUCUUCCCUUAAGAAAUAUUACGCCGAAGUUUUCGAUUACUCCUCCUCUGGCCAUCGCCUUCCCUUCUUUGUGUCCGACCUCUGUGCUCUCUGUACUCUGUGUGUGUGUGUGUGUGUGUGUGCUGGGGGAGCCGAUCCAUGGCCGGGGCCCGCGCAUCGCCCAGUCUGCUUGCAAAACCUCCUUUCAACCGAUGCAACUUUUAAUGGAACCAUGCCUCUUCUGGGCGGACGUUUGAUCACGGGCGUCCCUUUUCUCUUCAACGUCUUCAGCUUUGUGGCUGCUUCCCACAGUGACCGUAAGGUGAACAGUGUGCUGUUUGCAGAUGAGAAACAAGAGACGUUUGUAAGGAGUUUGCAAGGUUAUGAAAUCGUGCACCCCAUCAAAGUGGACGAAAGUGGAGCUAUACUGUCCCCGGAUGUCACUCAUUAUGUCAACCACGUUAGAAGGCGGGACCUUGGCAAAAGAGAGGAGCAUGUUUAUUACCAACUUGUCCACCGAGGGCAAAAGCUGCUAUUCAAUCUGACACUCAAUCGCCCUUUCCUUUCGCCAGGCUAUGUCCUGGAGAAAAGAUACGGAAAUGUAACUGGGACCAUCGUUCAGAGUCCUACAGGGAACACGUGUCACUUCCUGGGCAGAGUGGAGCAUCAAGAUCAGGGGAGUGGCAGUGCUGCUAUCAGUACCUGCAGAGGACUGCAUGGUUUGUUCCGAUUACGCAGUGGUGACUAUCUUAUUGAACCUGUCAAUGGCCAUCCAAGGCAAAGAGGGGAACAACAGCCACACAUUAUUUAUAAGAGGGACGCUAUCCAGCAUUCUCAGAGGAAGCAUCGUGAGUUCACUCCAACAGGCACGAGAGUUUGUGGAAUACAAGAUUCUGAUAAUAAUAUCCUGCAGCCAGAGAGACAAAGAGAGAGAUGGGAAGAGAGUCAUAGGAAAGGACGCAGAAUCUCCCAGAGAUCGAUCAGCAAGGAGCGAUGGGUUGAAACGUUAGUAGUUGCUGACACCAAAAUGAUAGAGUAUCAUGGCAGUGAAAAUGUGCAGUCAUACAUCUUUACCAUUAUAAAUAUGGUUGCAAGCUUGUUCCAUGAGCCAAGUAUUGGCAAUGCUAUCCACAUCGUAAUGGUGCGACUCAUUUUACUGGAGGAAGAGGAGAAAGAAUUAAAAAUCAUUCAUCACGCUGACCAUACUCUUUCCAGUUUCUGCAAGUGGCAAAGAAAUGUGAAUCCUAAAAGCGACUCCACUCCACAUCACCAUGACAUUGCUGUAUUGUUGACGAGGAUGGAUCUCUGUGCUGGAAUGAAUCGUCCCUGUGAGACAUUAGGUCUGUCACAUGUGUCAGGAAUGUGUCAACCGCUUCGAAAUUGCAACAUUAAUGAGGAUUCUGGCUUACCAGUGGCAUUUACCAUUGCACAUGAGAUUGGUCACAGUUUUGGCAUCCAGCAUGAUGGACAGGGUAAUGAUUGUGAACCCUUUGAGAAGAAUCACUUUAUCAUGUCUCGGCAGUUACAAUAUGAUCAGUCUCCUCUCAUAUGGUCUCACUGCAGCAAAGAUUACAUCACACGUUUUCUGGAUCGAGGCUGGGGUUUCUGUCUCAAUGAUCCACCAACUCAACAGGAAUUAGUGGUUCCCACCAUUGCUCCAGGUGUGCUAUAUGAUGUCCAUCAUCAAUGUCAGCUUCAGUAUGGACCCAACUCAACAUUCUGUGAGGAAAUGGAUAAUGUUUGCCAGACUCUUUGGUGCUCAGUGAAUGGCUCUUGCCGCUCGAAGCUGGAUGCUGCAGCUGAUGGGACCAGUUGUGGAGAGAAGAAGUGGUGUUUUAAUGGUGAGUGUGUGACAGUUGGAAACCGUCCAGAAGCUGUGAAUGGAGAUUGGAGCACAUGGGGUUCCUGGUCACAUUGUACACGUACGUGUGGAGCAGGAGUUCAAGCAGCAGAGAGGCAUUGUAGCAAUCCAGUUCCAAGAUUUGGUGGGAAAUACUGUACUGGAAAACGCAAAAGAUAUCGUAUUUGUAAUGUCAAGCCAUGUCUGCAGGAGACACCUACAUUCCGUCAGAUGCAAUGCAGCGAGUUCAACACGGUUCUUUACAAAAAUGAACUUUAUUCAUGGGCUCCGGUCUAUCGUAUUGCUAAUCCCUGUGAACUGCAUUGCCGGCCUGUUGGUGAACAGUUUGCUGAGAAAAUGCUCGAUGCAGUGAUUGAUGGAACAUCGUGCACUGAGGCUGCAAACAGCAGGGACGUCUGCAUCAAUGGCAUAUGUAAGACUGUCGGCUGUGAUUAUGAAAUAGAGUCCAAUGCAGUUGAAGAUCGAUGUGGGGUGUGUCAUGGGAAUGGCUCUUCCUGUCAGACUGUAAAGAAGACAUUUGAAGAGAGUGAAGGAUUAGGCUAUGUUGAUGUGGGCCUCAUUCCUGAAGGAGCACGAGAUAUCCGGGUGGAAGAAAUAGCUGAAGCAGGGAAUUUCUUGGCUUUGCGAAGCGAAGAUCCAGAGAAGUACUUCCUCAAUGGAGGUUUUAUUAUCCAGUGGAAUGGCGACUACAAAGCAGCAGGAACAACAUUUAAAUAUGAAAGAAAUGGGAAUCUGGAAAACCUAACAGCUCCAGGACCUACGAAAGAACCUGUCUGGAUUCAGCUACUGUUCCAAGAAAAGAACCCUGGUGUUCGUUAUGAAUAUACUAUCAAGAAAGACACAGAGGAAGAGAACACAAUAGGACAACCAGAAUUCUUUUGGAAAUUUGGAGCUUGGACUGAUUGCAGUGCUCCAUGUGGAACAGGAGUUCAGCGCCAGAUUGUUCGAUGUGUGGAAAAAACACCCAGAGUUGUGGAAGACAGAUUCUGUGAUGCAAGGACUCGUCCUGAUGACCGGCAACAGAAAUGCAAUGAACAGGAUUGUCCUGCCAGGUGGUGGGCUGGCGAAUGGCAGAAAUGCUCAACAACAUGUGGUGACUCAGGUAUUAAGAAACGUACAGUUCUCUGUGUUCGAACGGUGGGGACAGAUGAGCAGGCACUUCCCAGUUCAGAGUGCAAUCAGCGUCUCAAGCCAAGGACUCAAAUGACUUGCAAACGAGAUAUCCCAUGUCCCUCAAACUGGACUGUGAGCAAUUGGAGUGAUUGCUCAGUUACAUGUGGAGGUGGAUUCCGCACACGGAAUGUGACAUGCACUUGGAAUAAUAAAGAACUCUGCAAUAUUUCCAAAAAGCCAAGUGUGAAAAGUUUAUGUGGCUUACGGCACUGCUCUAACAACAAGAAAAUUCUGUUCCCUCCAAGAAAGCCCAAAGAUGGUAAAACAUAUCCCAAAGAUCUCCCUGGUCGGCUGAGGCCUAAAUAUGGCCCUAAUCAUUCAGGUUCAAAAGUUCAACCUAAACCCAAACGAGUGACCACUAAGCAGCCUCUUCCUGUCAACAUCACAGUGCCAACAGCUGCUGGCAGAAGCCCUGUAACAACUAUGGCUACCACUACAAACAAACAAAUACAUGUGCAAGACAAGCCUUCCCCAAAACAGCAAAACUGCAAUGCAUCGUAUGAUGACAACUUUAUUGCUAUUCACCAAAAUCUGACCAAUGAGAGUGAUACUGUCAACAGGAAGAGGAUCUCUGAAGCUGGAAACAUUACAGACACAAUACAAAAUAUUAAUGAGACUCACAAUAUUACUGGUGAAAAUGACAGUGUCUCAGACCAUGACCACAUUACCACAGAAGAGGUUGUUAAACAUUUUCCAUUUACAGAAGAACCUCAGGCUGGUAUCGUAACAGAUGAAAACAAUGAUAAAAUUGUGAAGUCUACUGCAGUCCCAAUCAAUACUGAGAAAUCAAUGUUAUCCACUAGUCCACAGACAACAUUUGUGAGUACAGUAAAGCCUGGUAGUACACAAUUAAUCAAGCCGAGUGUAAGUGUGCCUUCUCCAGGUUAUGGAAAUAGAAAGGUUGGUUUGCCAAGGUUAAAAAUAGAUCCAAAAUUUAAAGCAACAAUGGAGCGGCUAAGAAUGAAACUUUACAGAAUGCUGAAUCCAGAGCGGUUUUCUAACCAUACUGACAUUCUUGCACCUGGUCUAAAUCCUAAUGAUGAAAACAGUACAAACCUACAACAUAAUCCUGAGCUUACAACUUCAAAUGGAGUUGGUACAACAGAUUCAGAAUGGGUGAAAUUCACAGGAGCCAUUGGCAGUAAAUUGUCAGCUGUUGAACCAUCAUCUCCCUCAAAAUUGCCUUUGAAGAAAAUUCCAACUAUAAAUAGACUGAAUAAUUUCUCCAAUAUGACUGAAGACUAUGAUGAUUUUGCACCUGAAGUUAGCUUGGAUGAUGUUUAUUGGAAGGUUGGAAAUUGGAGUGAGUGUUCUACCACAUGUGGAGUUGGUGCAAUGUGGAGACAAAUAGAAUGUAGUACUGAAGAAGAUGCACACUGUGAAAACGUUAAGAAGCCAGCCCCUGCUCGGAGAUGUUUUGUACGUCCGUGUGCUAUUUGGAAAAUAGGAAACUGGAGCAAAUGCUCAGAAAACUGUGGAGGUGGUGCUAAAAUCCGUGACAUACAGUGUAUAGACAGCCAUGAUAAAAGGCCCCUGAGGCCUUUCCACUGCCAGCUCCUCAGAACCAAACCAACCACAAGCCUUCGUUGCAAUCUAAAGGCCUGUGCUGACUGGCAAGUUUCUGCUUGGAGUGAGUGUUCAAGGACAUGUGGUGGUGGUGGGAUUCAAGAAAGACUGGUUCGCUGUAUGGAAGAAGGACAGUGCAAUUUGAAGGCUCGGCCUCAUACUACCAGGCCCUGCAAUACUCAGCCAUGUGUUCAGUGGAUAACUGGAACCUGGAGUGAGUGCUCUGCAUCCUGCGGAGGAGGCUUACAGCAACAGGUGGUGAGAUGUAUGAACUUGGAAACUAAUAAGACAGAGGAAGACAGCAGCAUUUGUGAAAUGAAGCCAUCCCCAAGUAAGAUACAGAAGUGCAACACUCAGAAGUGUAUGAGCAGAAACGAUAACAUCUGCAUUAAGGACAGAAUGUCAAAAAAAUUUUGCCUCACCUUGAAGAAAUUGGGUCGAUGUUCAAUGGCAACAAUUAAGACCCAAUGUUGUUACACUUGCCAGAAAUUGAGCAGCAUGACAACGAGAAGAGCAGUACAGCGAAGUUUGAGCAAAGGAACCACUUCAGAUUCAUGAAAGAGAUUGGAAUUUGUAUUUGUACUUUGACUAACUGGAACUGCACUCUUUUAAGCAAGGUUUUGAAAAUGAGCCUACUUCCUUCAGUAAGGUGCUGUUUAAAAUUUUAUUGAUCAAUGCAGUAAGUCUUUACUUAUUUGGCAAAGGAAAUAGUUACUCAUACAGAGCUAUCAAGUCUCGCCAGAUAAACAGUCUGAGUGCACAUUGGUUUUCCAGUUCAGUCAGUUCUUUGAUCUUUACAAGCUUAGUUUCCAUCAAACAAAACUACACUUUUUUUUUACCUCAGCACUGACUGGGGAUAAUUACUGAAAUGCCAGCGUAAGGGAAAGUCAUAUUUUCAGUUCGGCAGAUUUUACUCUUUACCCUUAAUUACUAGGGCACUGGAAAGUAAGUACUGAUGUGCACCACAUUAUAUAUAAAUACAAUUUUGCAGAUUGCCUCUGUUUUACAUAAUAGAACCUUCCUUCAAUAACUCUGAUGCAGUUGCUAUCCUUUCAUCUGCUAUUCACUUUAUUCCUCAAAGCAAAAAUCCAUUUCACAUCCUCCCAAAGUGGCCAUAUUAACACUUAGGCAUUUGGCAGUUGUAUCAUUUCCUCAGAAAUAUUUCUCCAGCAGUUGUAAUGUAAAGAUACAAUGUAAAUUUGAAUGUCUUUUUUUUAAUCCUGCAGAGUCAGGAUCACUAUCUAAAUGCUAAAUGUUUAAUGUAUUCAGAUUACCAACUUUAGUAACUCCAAAAUUUACUGCUUACGCACAUCAUACAUGCACAGAAAUUUGUAGAAAGACAUGCAUUUUAUUUAAAUUACAAAGACUUUAGUUGCAAACCACGACACUAGGUUUGGUGUUAGAUAUCCAACAUGGUAUCUGUGGCCCAGACUUUUGUUGUAAGUACAUAACCUAAACUAAGGUCUCCAUACAGUGUCAAAAGCCCUGAAACCCAGACCAUUAUUAAGUAUUCCUGAUAUCAAAAUUGUUUUCUGAUUAACUUCCUGCAGCGGCUGCAGCCAUAGAACAACUCAUAUUUGCAAGGCAUAGUCUAGUUUUAAUUCUAAAUAUCCUUUCACCAUUUUGUAUCCACUGCUCAGGCCUGCAACAGUUUAACUGCAGGUGUAACAUUGGUUACACAUGACUAACAUUUAAGCCAGCAAGCAGCAUGAGGUUUGCAUCAGGACUUGGGCAGGACUAACUGGACUAGCUUCGUACUCAAUAGCAAAGGACCUUACAAAUUCAAAUUAGACUUCCAUUCAUAUUUUUGAUUUGUCUUGACUGUUUAGAGAAUAGUAAUGUUUGUAAAAUGCUUGCUCCCUCAAAAGCUACACAUCUUGGCUGGAUUUUACAGAGACACAGUGGUCCUGGUGGCUGAGCUGAAAUCAGUGGUAGGAACCUGUACCCUUCUGCUGGUUGCUCCACAGCAGUUUAACAUCGGGAGCAGCAACAUUUGCUUUGAAUACAUGGAGGUGGACCUACCUUAUGGAGCUGCUGGUCACCAGCUCUGUAGUCCAAGCAGUGCCAGGCAGGUGUAAUGGCUACUGCCGGAACUAUAGGCAAUCCUGAAGAAGGGGAGCCCAGAUUUAGAACCAAGGCUGGGAUAUUGUAGGGCCUGAAAGGAAGACCCCAAUGAAGGAAGUGAGAGGAUUGUAGUGUUGGGGGUUUGAGAGGCUAGAAAAGGAGGGCAUAGAGAAAAAUAAGUUCUGGGCCAUUUUGUCAACAUCAGCCUGCUCAGUUUCAUGGCAUUGACCUCUCUCUCCGCCACAGGUAAUGGAUAUUGAGUGGGCAGCCUAACACACCUCCAGUCGCUGUAAAAUGUCACAAAGGCAGGAGGGUAGGGGAAGGACCACGGCUACUCAAUGGAUUUUAUGAAUUCUCCCCUACCUUUAAACUUACCAGCUGAGGAGUGUAAAAUCCAGCUUUCCAUAUGGGUUUAAUUGUAUUGACAUGCAGUGAUUUAUUAUCUCUUGCAUAUAGAUAGAAAAAGAGGUUUAUGAGUGUGUUUUAACAUUAGAGGAGUAUAACAAAUGCUUCUUGAUCUUGAGUCAUAAUUUUGCAUAGUGCCUCUUCAGAGUGGUGCUACACAGACUGUGCCGAUUUCACGGGUUACCUGAUUGAUGUGUGUGACAUCAUCACUCAGCAAUAUUAUCGAUAGAGAAGUCUUGAAUCAUUCAGGUAGAAUCUCACAAUGUGGCCUUCUGCCAGUGAAUUCAGAAAUUCUGUGCAGCACCGCUCUGAAGCUGUGAAGCAUAAAUAAUCUUUUUCUCCAUAUUUUCAUUCAGGAGAGAGAUUUUGGCACUUAGACAUUUCUUCGUCUUCUUCGUCUUUCUGUCACAAAUGUGCAAACUAAAUAAAGAUAGUUCUGUGUAUAGAUGGUACAGCCAGAAUUAUAGUGGUAGUUCCUGCUUUCUAGGGCUUUUGCAACACCAGCUGGUAAUGUUACUGUAAGACCUGAAACUUCCUCAAAAGCCCCAGCACCAGGUCAGAUUGGAUAAUCAAACACGUUACAUGGUGACAUUUAUCAAGGCUUCAUGCUGGAAGGAGAACUUUGCAACUUUUACCUUUGAUAGUUAUUUUCAUGGAGAAUAGUUACUUAAUGGAGAACAGAUUUUAAGAAUACUCUUUGGCAUUGCAGUAACUGGUUCAUGCCAUUAGCUACUUAUAGCACAUUAUUCUCAGAAGGCAGCAGAUUACAGUUAAGUAGUGUAGCUGAAUAGAUUUAAUCAUUUUGCUUGAGUUCAGAAGCACUCUCUGAAUUCUUUUCCCCGCUAAGGUCCAUGAUCGCAGAUCUCUCCAUUGAUAUCUUCUUACAAUGACAAUGGAUGGUCAUAAUUGCAAUUAUCUUUCAAUUUCAGAUUCAUCAUUUGAAUUCAAAUUCCAGUAGCUGCUAUCAGCGAUUUGAACCCAUGCGCUUAAACAAUUAGCUUGGCCCUACUAGCUUUCCAUAUUCAGUGACAUUCCCACUAGCUCUUCACUCAGGAGUUACUGCAAGUAAAUGUCAUUGGCAUUAUGACAGGACAAGAAAAGGCUGAGAAACAUAGUUACAACACAGCAUUUACUGUAUGAACAUGCAAUGAUCCCAGUGGGACAAUGCCAGCACUGUAGCAGUCCAUAUAUUUGUUAUAUUGAGAAAAUGACCAUUGGUGUCAAAAGAUGCAUCAUUAAAUUAUAAAUGGCAAUCUUGUAAUUUUCCAUUUUGUUAAAAAGCACAGUUAUGUUUUCAAUGCUCAUUACAUAUGGGAUUUUGUACAGUUUUAGCUGAUCCUACUUGAGUAGUUUUUUUUAUUUUUCUUUUCUGUUGGGGAAACAAGGGAAUAAAUGUGAGUGCCCAACUGAGAAAUUCUCCAAUUAGACCUUGGCUUAGUGGAAGAAAAAUUGGAUCAGCCUGCCACCAUCCAGCUGCAUACUGAAAGCUCACAAGCUUUUCUGCCUAAGGACACUCACUAUAUUGAAGAAUACUCAUUUGGGUACAGAGGUCUUGGAGAUGCCUCAGGAACAAUGCUUAGCAAAGUUUUCAAAUGUGGCUUGGAUAAAAUUGGCAAAGGAAAAGAGGAAACAGUUAGCAUAUAGCAUAUUUUGUAAAUGCCCCUUAAACUUUACGAACAGUGCCAACCUGUCAGCAGAGAAUGCUGAAAGCCUCACCACAGUAAAUUACCUCUUGACUCGCUAAAAUAUGAAUAUCACUGGUUGUCUGUACUUGUCUGCAGGGAAAGCAGUUACUGACACCAGGUGCAACAUGGUGCUAUUGAAUGAUGGUGCUCCAUUUAUAAACAACUCAGCUCAUCUUACUUAAGAAUAUGCUGCUGGCCAGCACGUCAGAGUUUAGUGUAUUUUUCCCACUGGUGAAAAAAUGCUAAGCCUUAUUAGUUUUACUACUUUAAAAAUAAAUAGAAAAAAAAAGACUUUUAGAGCCUAUUUACUCUUGCAUUUGAUAUACUGUUAUUACCGUGAUACCAGUUUAUUGAGAAUCUCUAUAAGCCUGCCACACAAUAUUCAGACAGAGCACAAUAAUCCAUGCAUUAACUGUACUGAGCAGUGGUCAUUAAGAUUUUGGUUAAGUCUGUCCAUGUGUGUCAUGUUUUCUAUUGAAAAAUCAUUGUUACAAAAUUGCUUUCCUAAUUGAGCGCCUCCUCCACUGAGAGCACGUGCAGUGAAUUUGAGCACACAUUUUCAAUAAUUUUCCAUCCAAUACAGAAUAUCACUCAAUUACAUCUACUUAAAUUGCGGGGAAAAAAUACACAAUUAUAGCCUUUCCAUCAACAUUGGAACUCAUACUGGAAAACAUGUUAACCUGUGGCACUGUGGGGUGGAACUCAUAUUUGUUACUGACACUUGUGUCACUGCUGAUCACAGAUGUAAUAUGUGGAAGUGAUUUAAUUGCAGCAGAAAGGAUAUACAUAGAUGAAACAUCAAAAUGUAUUCAUUUAAGUGCAGCUUUUCUGUUGAAUUUUGGUACAAUGCGUUAUCUGAUAGAACUGGCAGAAGCUUGUUCUUCUUUCAGAAGCAUGGAAAUGAAUUCAAGGUGCUUGCAAGAAAUAGAAUUAAAUGUUUUAUGGAAAUCUCUGUUUACAUCAUGCCUCAGCAAAAUAUUAUUAUUCUAUUAACUUCAAACAAUAUCUACUGUACUUUGUUAUUGAUUUUCUGUUGCAUAAAUCAUUUAAAUGCUGUGCAAUAAUCAUUAAUAAAUUCAUUGUUAUCC